GUCCUCCGCUCUGUGAAGCGACUGCAGGGGAGCUAGAUGCCCGACUGUGAGCCGCUGCCUGUGGAUACUCAUCCCAAAUGCCUGAGCAGGCGAGAGCCAUAGACACAUUUCACCCUCUGACAGGAAAGAGGAGAGAACAGAGGCAGAAAACGGAGUAAGAAUUUCUUCUUUCUUCUUUUUUUUCCUUUUAAAAUAUUUUUCUCCCACGCUCUCGCUCUCUGUUUCAAUCUGUGCUUCAAAUGAAGAGCUUCCUUGGACUUGGAGUACCGGGUAUCAGUAGAAUAAAACCCCGUUAUCACACUCCUCAGCCCCAGCUGCUGCGGCGCUGCUGCCUGUGAGUGCGUCCUGUCUUUGCAUUGGAAUAUACAGCGAGCCCAUAUGCGCAAAACCAUGGAAAUUAUAUGACGUGGAUUUAUUUUUGGUACAAAACUGGACAUCUUACUGAAGCGACGUUCCUUCUUCUUUUCAUCUUUUUUUCCAGUUGCCUUUUUUGCCUUAUUUUGUUCUGUUCUUUCGUUUGAUCUAUGGUCACUUUAUGAUUUGAUGUCCUUAUAGCGAUCAUCCCUUGUUUUUAUUUAUUUAUUUUUUCCACUUGUUAUUUUUUGGUCCGUUUCGGAGGCGCAGAAGUGGAAUGCCUCGCAGAGAACAUUUGUGGGAAGAUUUCCGCGCAGCAGCGAGGGUGAAUGAAUGAUAGUCUCCCUCUCCAUCUGAGACGUGCCAUGGAUGGGAAACUUAAUUUGUAUCCACGGAACCGAUCGGGGAAUAGCCGUCGCAUCAAAUAACUACUGCUGACAGCGAUCAGGACGAAUGUCAUAGGAUGAACACUGCUGGUGGGGUGUGUCUGUAUGUGCUGUCCUCUCUCCUGGCUGUGGCUGGGGCCCUGGCUGCUGUGUGUGCCCUCGCUCUAGCUCCUCUCUCUGCCCUGGCUGAGGCUGCCUAUGGGGCUCCGGAUGGCAUCCCCAACACUGGGGCAGAAGGGGCCCCCUCACCCAUCUUCUCACCAUGCUCCAGCCUUGUAGCCGGGGUGCUCUAUGGCUCUUUCUCCCUAAGGGAGCUCUUUCCCUCCAGGGCACCAGGAUGUUCCUGGUCCCUGGAAAACCCCGACCCCACCAAAUACUCCCUCUACCUCCGCUUCACACGCCACCCUGUCAUCUGCCGGAUACACUCCCCCAUGCUCCUCUCACUUGACCACCACCUGGCCAAUCAAAGCUGUCCCCUUCAAUUACAGACAGCGUCUGCUAGGGACCAAGAAGUCAUCGAUCUUUGUGGCCGCCAGUCCAGCUCAGAUGCACCAUACUCCUUCCUACAGUUUGAUAAAAACUUUGUCCAACUAUGUCUCACGAGACACCCAGCUGCAGAUGAGCCUCAGGUAACUAAGGAAUUGCUGGAGCUGAGACUAGUGGAGGUGUUACUCAUUAACAACGAGAACUCCAGCCAGUUUACCUGUGGCGUGCUCUGCAGAUGGUUUGAGGAGUGUUUACGCACAGGUCACAAUGGAAACCAGGAGGUUUCUGACGGAGACGGUUGUGGGAUGACCCAGACAGGAUGUAUCUGUCCGAACCACAACAUCAUGGCACCACCUAUUCCACUGCUCCCGGAGACACCUCACAGUUUCAGCAAUGGUUCGGUGGUUCCUGAUGAUUGCUGUGUCACUGAGCUCCAUUCCAAUGAAGCAAUUGCAGUAGCGCCCAGAGAUGUCCGACAAGACCCAUAUGAUGAUGACCUGAAGGUGAAAACCCAAAGACCGCGAUCAGCUGACCAGCCAGGUGUGUUUCAGGCACAAACAGGUGACCCUGCAGCAGAGCAGUGGUCGCAGUGGAGUGUGUGUUCUCUCACAUGUGGGCAAGGCUGGCAAGUGAGGACGCGAUCGUGUGUUUCUUCACCCUAUGGGACACAGUGCAGCGGUGCCCUCCGGGAAACACGCAUGUGCAACAACACCGCUUCCUGUCCAGGGGAACAUGGGAUCACAGGCUCAGUGCAUGGGCUGUGGGAGGAGUGGUCGUCAUGGAGUCUGUGCUCUGUGACCUGUGGGCGGGGCUUCAGGACGCGAACCAGGAAGUGUGUGAACGGAGGCGGGGUCGUGGCUUGCGGACGGCCUGAGAGUCAGACCAAACUCUGCAACAUUGCAGUGUGUCCUGUGGAGGGCCAGUGGUCGGAGUGGGGGCCAUGGUCAAAGUGCAGUGUGACUUGUAACACAGGGAACCAGCAGAGGCAGAGACGCUGCAGUUCAUCAGUGCAUGGCUGGGCUGAAUGUAAAGGCCCCCAUCAGGAGAGCAGAGAAUGCACCAACCCUUCCUGCAGUGGUGGAGGUAACUGGGGCAGCUGGAACCACUGGAGUCUGUGCAGCAAGACAUGCGACUCUGGUUGGCAACGUCGUUUCAGGAUGUGCGAGGGCACCGGAGUACAGGGCUACCCCUGCGAUGGCUCUGGAGAGGAGGUUCGGUCCUGUAAUGAGAAGAAAUGCCCUGCUCCUCAUGAGAUAUGUAAAGAUGAGCACCUUCUCUCUAUGUCAUGGAAAAGAGCCUCAGCUGGAGAAACUGUCUACAACAAGUGUCCAACUAAUGCCACUGGAUCUGCUAGUCGUCGUUGUAUGCUGGACAAUAAUGGAGUUGCUUUCUGGGGUCCUCCGAGCUUCGCCAGAUGCGUCUCACUUGAAUAUAGAUAUUUACAUUUAUCUUUACGAGAGCAUCUCGCGAAGGGUCAGAGGACCCUGGCUGGGGAGGGCAUGUCUCAGAUCGUAAGAAGUCUCCUGGAGCUCUUGCAGAGGAGGAGCUACUACAGUGGCGACCUUCUCUUUUCCACGGAGAUUCUGCGAAAUGUGACGGACACCUUCAAAAGAGCAACCUACAUCCCAGCUCCCGACGACGUGCAGAAAUUCUUCCAGAUAGUCAGCCACAUGUUGGACAUGGAAAAUCUAGAGAAAUGGGAGGACGCUCACCAGGUCGCUCCUGGUGCUGCUUUGCUGAUGAGGAUAUUGGAGGAUUUCAUUCACCUCAUUGGAGAAGCUCAGAAGCCUUUCCAGAGUUUCCUCGUAGUUACCAACAACCUCAUGAUAACUAUUCAACGAGAGCCAGUGUCAGCAGUUUCUAGCGAUAUCAACUUUCCCAUGAAGGGCCGGAGAGGGAUGAAGGACUGGGCCAGAACAGCAGAGGACAAGCUUUACAUCCCUAAAGAGGUCUUCACUACCCCAACCGAAGAGACGGAGACGGACACCGAGUCUACAAUGUACUAUGUCAUCGGAGCCAUCUUGUACAGGACUUUGGGCAUCAUCUUACCUGCACCAAAUGCCCCUGCGGUGAUCAACUCCAAAAUCCUGACAGUGACAGUACGGCCGGAACCACAACCCAGCGAGCCCAUGGUGGUGGUGGAGCUGUCACCGCUUAUUAAUGGUACAUCGGAUCCUCAGUGUGUUGUCUGGGACUAUGGCAACCCGGAAGCUGGCGCAGAAAACUGGGGCACAGAAGGCUGCCAAACGCUCGCGUCAACCACUGUCCACACCAAAUGCCUGUGCAGCAGGAUAUCCACCUACGCCGUGUUAGCGCAGCAAGCUAAAGACCCGGAUAUGGGUCCUGCCAGCUUGCCCUCUGUGCCCCUCAUGGUGGGCUGUGGGGUCUCCUGCACCGCUCUGCUCAUCCUGCUGCUAAUCUACGCUGCCUUUUGGAGGUAUAUUCGUUCGGAGAGAUCCAUCAUCUUAGUGAAUUUUUGCCUCUCCAUCUUGGCCUCCAAUUUAUUGAUUUUGGUGGGACAAUCUCAAACGCUCAGCAAGGGCCUCUGCACUGUGACUGCUGCCUUCUUGCAUUUCUUCUUCUUGGCGUCCUUCUGCUGGGUGCUGACUGAGGCAUGGCAGUCCUACCUGGCCGUCAUUGGCAAAAUGAGGUCACGACUUAUUCGCAAGCGGUUUCUGUGCCUCGGCUGGGGUCUUCCAGCCCUAGUUGUAGCAGUGUCAGUGGGUUUCACCAGAGCAAGAGGUUACGGCACAGCCAGCUAUUGCUGGUUGUCCUUGGAGGGCGGUCUGCUUUAUGCCUUUGUUGGUCCCGCUGCUGUCAUUGUAUUGGUGAAUAUGCUCAUCGGAAUUGUGGUGUUUAACAAGCUCAUGUCUCGAGACGGCAUCUCAGACAAGUCUAAAAAGCAGCGAGCGGGUGUCCCAGCGGAGGCGCGUAGCCGACUGCUCCUGAAAUGCUCCAAGUGUGGCGUGAUCUCGAGCACCGCUCUGUCCAGCGCGACUGCCAGCAGCGCCAUGGCCUCUCUGUGGAGUUCCUGCGUGGUUCUUCCUCUGUUAGCAUUAACCUGGAUGUCAGCAGUGCUGGCCAUAACGGACCGGCGCUCCACACUCUUCCAGGUCCUCUUUGCCGUCUUUGACUCAGUCCAAGGUUUUGUCAUCAUCACUGUCCACUGUGCAAUGCGCCGAGAGGUGCAGGAUGCGGUGCGCUGUAGGAUGGGGGGAUGUAAAGACGACAGUGAAAACUCACCAGACUCCUGCAAGAAUGGACAGGUGCAGAUCAUGAAGGGUCCAAAGUUGAGCCAGUGCGGGCAGCAGUGUGGGUCCCUGCGUUAUGGCACGUCCAUGUGUCUGUCGGGUGCCCACCCACAGCCGUUCCCACCAACGUGCCACCAGGCAUGCCAGCAACCCUGUUACCACAGUCUGCCUCGCAGCAACCACAACCACGGGCUAGAGCACAGCCACGUGCAUGAGCAUAACCCCAUCCUGAACAAUGUCCACAACCACGCGCAUAACCAUAACCACAUCGGCAGCCAACCAACGGAUUUUGAGAAGGAUGUGGACUUGGCAUGUCAGACAGUCAUAUUCAAGGAGGUGAACACGUGUAACCCUGCCACCAUCACUGGGACCCUCUCUCGGAUCUCCCUGGAUGACGAGGAUGAUCCGAAGCUGGCAGCCCAUCAGGAGGGGGGAGUGGGGGUCAACUUCAGCUCCCUCCCCGGUAAUAUCCCCCCUCCCAACCUCAUCGUACAGGUUCCACCCCUUAGCGGCCUCAAUGAGCUGAGCGAGACGCCCCUAAAGAAAGAGGUGAACGUGGAUCAGCAGAGACAGCAGGGGCAGCAACGCAGCGGCGCUCCUAUCUACCUGUGCACCGAGAGUGGCCUGGGCUGGGCUCGACCGCCCACUUCCUCCAACACCUCUCAGGACGGAAGUGCUGGAAGUGGGGGAAGUGGAGGAGGAGGGGGAGGAGGAAGUGGUGGAGGUGGGGAGGGAGACUACAUGGUCUUACCUCGUAGGACGGUCAGUCUCAAACCUCCUGCGCCCUCCUCCCAAGGAGGAGGCCUGGGGCUAGGGGGUGAGGACAAGCCUCUCAACAUUGCAGUGGAGGAUCCACCUUUCCCCCCACCUCCUUCUCCCCUGACCCUCCACCCAGCUGAGAGUGAGGCCUACCCAGCGGAUUUUGUGCCAUCCAGUGUAGGCGACAUGAACAUCACCAUGAACCUCAACCGCUCCUAUGGGACGAUCAAAACCAUGCCUCACGGGCACGGCCACAUGAUGCCUCAGGGUGGUCUUGUACAUUCCCACGGAGGACACAUGCACGGCCACGGGCAUUCGCUCCAACUGAAGCCAGGCCAGAGACCGUCAGUCAGACAGAUUCUGACUGGGGGAACCACAGUGGAGAGAACCAGGACCCUGCCACGCAACCUGGGCAGCACCAAUGCCAACACCAGCCUCUCAGCAGGAUCCCUGGAGAGGAAAAGAGUACGGUACUCUGAGCUGGACUUCGAGAAAGUGAUGCACACUCGCAAAAGACAUUCUGAGCUGUACCAUGAGCUCAACCACUCGUCCAAGUUCCACACCAUAGACAGGUAUAGCAGGGACCCAGCCAUGUCCACAUUCAAGAGGGAAAAGCGAUGGAGCAUUUCGUCUGCCGGAGGUGAAAAGAACUCGUCGAGUGACAAGUCAACCCCAGAGGACCAGAGCUCUUGGGACAGCUUCAAGACCAUGACCCCCGAGCUGUCUAUCGUGCCGGGGGAGCAGAAGGAUCGGCUGGAGCUGCACAAUAAGAACUGGGACUCCUCCUCUGCUAACACACCUGACUCGUCCGAGGGAGACUUCCAGACUGAAGUGUGAAGACACACAAAUGUACACGCACUCACUUGAAUACACAUGUGCUCAUGCCAAGAUAGAGGCACACAGAGAUUCUAAACUUCUGAAAAAGCUAUAUAUAAGUACGUGAUUUUCCGCAAAGAUCUCACACACACUGCUCCCCAUCUCCCGCAAUGUGCUCUGUCGGAUCCCAUACUGUAUUUGUUUACUGCUGCAGUGGACAGACAUGGAAAGAAGACUGUUCUACUCUAUAUUUUCGCAAAGACUAUUGAAAAGAAAGAACAGGGGCUUGACAAGUCUGUGACUGACAAAAAUUUUUAAAUGAACUUGAAAAACUAUGAAAAACUUAUUUCUGAGGAAAAAAAAAAAAAAGACUUGAUUUUAUUCUGGAGAAAAAAGAAAUUCUCUUUCAGUUGUUUGAUGAUUUGGAUCAGAAAAAAGAAAAAAAGAAGAAUAUUUCUGCACCGUUCAGUUCUUUUUAUAGCAAGGGGAAGAAAAUGUCACUGAGGUUUCUCACACUGGUAGCCCCUCCCCCCCAGCCCCCUGCGUUCAUUUAUUUCUUUUUCCUCCUAAUGGAUGACAAAAGCAUUCUGUGUCUUAGUCUUCACUUCUUUAUUUUUUCAAUAUGUUUCUUUUCCUUCAUUUUGGAUGGAUAGAGGAUGGGGGGAUAUUGGAAGAGCUGCUCAUUGAUGUGCCAUCCUCUCUGCUUUUUUCAGGUUCCAGUUCAACAAUCCCAUCCAUCCAUUCCUCUCACAUUCACUGUGUCAACACCGUAUUCCCCCUUUUCGUGUGUUUUCUAUGCUUUAGUUUAAAAAAAAAAAAAAAAAAUGUCCUCCCCUAUGGUUUGAGACUUUUAAUGAAAAAAAUAACACGAUUGAAACAAAUAACUGAGUUGUGUUCUGUGGUCUAACUGUUCAAGAAGAACUGAUUUAUUUUC